CGCCGCCGGCACCGGGACCCCCGGGACCCCCCGGCACCCCCCGGAGCCCCCCGCCAUGCCCCGCCGCGGCUGACACCGCCGCCAUGUACUCCCCGUAUUGCCUCACCCAGGAUGAGUUCCACCCCUUCAUCGAGGCGCUGCUGCCCCACGUCCGGGCCUUCUCCUACACCUGGUUCAACCUCCAGGCCCGCAAGCGCAAGUACUUCAAGAAGCACGAGAAGCGGAUGUCCAAGGAGGAGGAACGCGCCGUCAAGGACGAGCUGCUGGGCGAGAAGCCGGAGGUCAAGCAGAAAUGGGCGUCGCGCCUCCUGGCCAAGCUGCGCAAGGACAUCCGGCCCGAGUGCCGCGAGGACUUCGUGCUGUCCGUCACCGGCAAGAAGGCGCCGUGCUGCGUCCUCUCCAACCCCGACCAGAAGGGCAAGAUCCGCCGCAUCGACUGCCUGCGCCAGGCCGACAAGGUGUGGCGGCUGGACCUGGUGAUGGUCAUCCUGUUCAAGGGCGUGCCGCUGGAGAGCACCGACGGCGAGCGCCUGGCCAAGGCGCCCCAGUGCGCCAGCCCCGGCCUCUGCGUGCAGCCCCACCACAUCGGCGUCACCAUCAAGGAGCUCGACCUGUACCUGGCGUAUUUCGUCCACGCGCCAGGUGAGUGCGGAAGCUGGAGCGCAGAUUUUUGGGGAUGGUGCCCGUUCGAUGCGCGGCCCAACUUCUCGCUGGCCGACCUGGAGAGCCCGGGGGGCUACUACAACAUCAGCCCCGUCGCCCUCGGCCGCCGGCCCCUGGGGCCCCCCACUGCCAGUGGCCCGAAGCGCCCCAAAGCGCUGGACGAGGGGGACCUGGAGGGUCCCGGGGACGAUGUCUUCUACCCCGGGCCGGGGCGGUCCCCAGCCCCCGGCAGCAGCCAGGGACCCUGGGGGGGGGACGUUGACACCGGCCCGGCGGCGCUGAAGAAGUCGGGGAAGUUGGAUUUCUGCAGCGCCCUGUCGGGGCACGGGGCCGCUCCCCGCAUGGCCUUCGGCCACCACCCCCUGCCCGUCCUGGCCGGCGUCCGCCCCGGCAGCCCGCGGGCCACGGCCUCGGCGCUGCACUUCCCGUCGGGGUCCCUCCUGCCCCAGUCGAGCCCCUACUUCGCCCACCCCACCAUCCGCUACCACCACGGGCAGGACUCGCUCAAGGACUUCGUCCAGUUCGUCUGCGCCGACGGCGCCGCCCAGGGCCCCCAGGUGCGGCGGGGACGGGCGCGGGGGCGGCCCGGGGGUCGCGGGGAAGGCCCCGGGGGUCCCGGGAAAGCCCCGGGGGUCGCGGGGGACACGCGUGGGGGGGGGGGGACGGGACGCCCCGUCGAGGGGGCGGGGCCUGGCUCAGAACGAGGCGCAGGAGGCGGGGCCGCCGCCCUGGAUGCAAAUGAGGACGAGGAGGCGGGGCUUGUAUGCAGAUUAGGUGUCGGAAGGCGAAUAGACGUGCGGUAUGCAAAUAAGGACACAUGGGCGGAGCUUGUAUGCAAAUGCACCCUAAAAGGGGCGGGGUCUGUAUGCAAAUGA